UCAACUUUGACAAAACGUUGAUUUCAAGUCUUUCUCACUGUAAAAAACUUUACUUCACAAGAAUCACAACUUAGAAUCCCUACUCCCCAAAACUCUCAAUUUUCUCCGAUCUAAUUCCAAAAUCAAACCAACCCCCACAAAUCCACUCACCAAAUCCUGAAAAACCCACUUACUGUUUUCAAAUUUCACUCAGAGAUGGAGAAACCCAAGUACAGAGUACUAAUCUCUGUUCUGUGUGUUUUCCUGUUGGUUCUUCCAUGUUUAGCAGAGAUCAAGAACUUACAAAUCAGGUCAGAUUCAAGACCAAUGAUACUCUUUGAGAAAUUUGGUUUUACACAUACAGGUCAUGUGAAUAUAUCAGUUAAUGAUGUUACUUAUUCAUCAACACUAGCAAAACCAGAACCAGCAAGAUUAGGUUUUUUCUUAUUAUCAGAAGAAUCAUUGAUUCAAGUAUUAUAUGAGAUGGAACAAAACUCUAAUUUCUGUGUACUUGAUAGUCAUUACAUAUUGUCACUUUUCACAUUCAAGGAUUUAGUUGGUGCAGCUUAUGUUCAUUCUUAUCCAGUUACAAAUCCUAAUGAAUAUAGUUUGUUUUUUGCUAAUUGUGUACCUGAAUGUCAAGUGAAUAUGGCUGUUCAUACUCAGAUCUACAAUUUGGAUGGUGGGGAGAAGGAUUUUCUUCCUGCAGGUCAAACUCAAUUACCUAUGCUUUACUCUUUGUUUUCAAUUGCUUAUGUUGGGUUCUUAGGUGUUUGGGUUUAUGUCUGUGUGAACAAUAAGAAAUCUGUUCAUAGAAUUCAUAUGUUGAUGGCUGGGUUGGUGUUCAUUAAAGCUUGCAAUUUGAUUAGUGCCGCUGAGGAUAAGCAUUAUGUUAAGAGUACUGGUACGCCGCAUGGAUGGGAUGUGUUGUUCUACAUCUUGCAGUUUUUCAGAGUUGUGUUGUUGUUUACUGUGAUUAUUUUGAUUGGUACGGGUUGGUCGUUUUUGAAACCAUUUUUGCAAGAGAAGGAAAAGAAAGUUUUGAUGAUUGUGAUACCACUUCAAGUUAUUGCAAAUUUGGCUAGUGCGGUUAUUGGAGAAACAGGGCCGUUUAUUAGGGACUGGGUAACUUGGAAUCAGGUUUUCUUGUUGGUCGAUAUUAUUUGUUGUUGUGCUAUUAUAUUCCCAAUUGUCUGGUCUAUUAGAUCUUUGAGGGAGACAUCGAAAACUGAUGGGAAGGCGGCAAGAAAUUUGGCGAAGUUGACUCUUUUCAGGCAGUUCUACAUUGUUGUGAUUGGGUAUUUGUACUUCACUAGGAUUGUUGUGUAUGCAUUGAGAACAAUUGCAGCGUAUAAGUAUCAUUGGGUUAGUAAUGCUGCUGAGGAAAUUGCAAGUUUGGUCUUCUAUGUGAUUAUGUUCUAUAUGUUUAGACCAGUUGAGAAGAAUGAGUACUUCGUUAUCGAUGAGGAAGAAGAAGAGGCAGCACAAUUGGUUCUCCAGGAUGAAGAUUUUGAACUAUAAGUUGGUUUUAAGGUAAUGCUUGGAUCCCUCAUUGGUGUCACCUUUAACCAUCAGAGAAAUUGUCGUCUGGCAUUUGAGAAGAACUGCUGGACAUGGUAUGCUGCUGCUCCCAUUUACUUUACGUUUUUUUUUGUUUGUUUUGUUUUGUUUAUUUAACAGUAUUCCUUGUUGUAUUAUGAACAUUUUUUUCUUUUUACAGUUUCUUUAUUUGGGCUGCGGCCAAUGUUACUGUAGUCAUUAUGAACUAGGAAAUGAGAAUUGGGGUUUCAUACAUAUUAUUGCAUGUUCCGUGGAGGCAAACCAAUUGUAGUUACAUCAAGAGUCUUUAACAUUUUGACGGAAAUUGUGAUGCUUGCUUUCUCUUGAACUA